AUGCUACACCUCCUCCGCCAAAACCAUGAAGGACAUCCUUGGUUCCGGUUUUUAUGUGCAGUUGGAGCAGAAGCAGAAGAUGGUAACAUUGAAUUGUUUUUGUCUGAAAUUAAGGGCAAAGAUUUAGCUGAGGAAUCUGAUGAUGCAUUGUCCAUAUUGCCCAACAGUCCAGAAGCUACACUCACUGCAGUUUAUGUGGAUCUCUUGCUUGUAUCAAGAUUUCACAUGGUGGCUGCUGCAAAGGCAAAUUUAAACUAUAUUGGGUUAGGUGGAGAUAUUGGCUGCAUGGUGAAUGGAGCAGGGUUAGCAAUGGCUAUAAUUAAGUUGCAUGGAGGUACCUCUGCCAAUUUUCUGGAUGUAGGUGGCAAUGCUUCUGAAGACCAGGUGGUUGAAGCAUUUAAGAUAUUGACUGUUAUGAUAAAUUUGGAAGAUUCACCAAAGUUAUGA